AUGUUGUUGAAUCCGUUGUUGAAGAGAUCUCGUGUAUCGUCCAAAUCUGCAAUUAGAAAUAUAUCGCUUCUUUCUACACGUAGAGCAUACCACCCCCAAAAUGUACAGAUCCCAAGGCCUUUUACCAAGGGGAGGCAGACUUACUACGGGUUAUCUUUGGCUGGAUUGACAGCUGCAUGGGCUAUUAACAGUCAAUUACACGCUGCUGAUAACGAUGCUAAUGUGAAUGAUGAUGCUGAAAAUACUGUUAUGGUGGAUAAAAAUAUUUCCCCUUUUCCAGUGCACAUUGGACCUCCCAAAUACCCAUUCUCAACGGAUUACUCACUACUUGGUUAUGGAUACAGAUAUGUGACGUUUAUCUCCUUCAAAGUUUAUGAUUUAGGGAUUUACAUUGCCGAUCAGGAUAAACAUUUGGUACCUGAAGUAUUAAGCUCCAAGUUUCUUUCCACUGCAUUUGUCGACACAGAUCACAGCAAAUCCCACAAGGAAAACGUUAACGCUGCUUUGAAUGAUUCUGAGAAAUCUGCUGUCCUUAUUGGUAACCUUUUGGAUACAGGAUGUAGAAUGCUAGCAAAGAUUACACCAGUGAGAAAUACGGAUUUUAACCAUUUGAAAGAUGGCCUUGUAAAAACCAUUUUAGCCCAUCCUGAAGCAAAAAAUAACCAAGAGAUUUUGAAUUCAGGUUUAAAGGAAUUAAAAGAAGCAUUCACGAAGAAGGGUAAAGUACCUAAGGACCACGAUUUAUUUUUGGAGUUGCAAGCUAAUGGUGCUCUACAAGUUGCCUAUUACGACAGAAAGAAGGAUAAGACGUUUAGAUUGGGGUUAGUUAAUGAACCGCUUGUCGGUAAAUUCUUGUUCAGUCAAUACAUGGGUGGUCCCAAACCAUUAUCACCAACUACUCAAAAAUCCGUCGCCGAACACAUUGUUGCUAUGUUAUAA